AAAAAAAAAAUCUGAUUGGCAAAUGGUGGAAAGAGUUAUUAUCAGUAGAAGGGAAUGUCUGAUUACAAUAUAGGGUUAUGGAGAUGAAGGUUUUAUCACAGAUGAAGCUAUCAGGUCACAGGCCUCAGAGAGAAGCAACUAUAAAUACUUCUCGUCCGACUCAAGGUCUGAGGUGAUGCUGAUGCUGGUCAGCUGUGCGUGAAUUCCAACAGGGAGGAGGCACGAGGUGCGUCCUACCCCCUUCCCAUAAUGGCUGAGCUAGUUUUUCAGGUUAACUUUGGAAUGCCCGUGGCUGAGACCAGGGGUCCAUUCAGACAGUUCAGGGCUUAUAAUUUUAUUUUUGGUUUAUGAGGGAACCUAGAAGGCAGCCCACACACACCUCACUCCUCCCAGUGGGGGACACCGGCCAGACCCCAGGCUCCACCCUCCCACCCUCAGCACCCACCCAGGCUAGCAGCUGGGGGCACCUUAGUGCCUGUUCUGUGGGGGCUCCACCAGACAGUGCAACUGAUGCCCAGGGCUGAGGGGCCUCUGCCUGGGAGGCUCUUCACCUGCCUGGGUACAGGACCCCAGAGAGGCCCCAAGCCACUCCUGACCUGCCCACGCCCACAGGAAUCCUGACCUUGGGCUGCAUGUCUGUUGCAUCAGAACCCUCCCAGGGCUGACUCAGAGUGACCCUGAGUGGGGGAUGCUCACCCCAGGGGAAGAAACUGGGCUCUGGGGUAGGAGGUCCUGGCUGGGGUCCCACAGAUGCCAGGCGCCUGCCAUCUCCAGGGCGGCGCUGGCAUGGGAGACAACACCGCUCCCUCAUUACCUGUGGCCUGGCUACCUUAGUGGCCCAAAGGGGCUCACGUGGUCAUGGUGCAGUGACCACAGGACCCCCACAUGCCAGGAACUGGAUUCGCCCCACCCCACCCCCUGCACCAGGCCAGCGAGGGGAUGACCCAGAAGGGGAGGACCAUUUGGCUUCACCAGCACUGGACAUAUGCUCUGUGGCCACCCCCUCUGCCUCCUUUCUGGCCCGAUACAGGGGUGUGGGACGGCUGUGAUUCUCAAGGGCCUGGGUGACUCCAGCACGACUUCCCUCUCCGGGACGUCACUGGUGGCAGCUGCUUCCUUCCAGAGCCUGCAGGAGGCCACAGGCUCCAUCCUGCUUCAGAGCUGCCAGCUGCUCCCUCGAUGGCUGAGCGCCUAAGCAUGAACGGGAGAAUGGAAGCAGCCGCACAGGGGGGGUCCCACCUCCAGAUCACCUGGGCCUGUGGCUCCCCAGAGCCACCUGUAGGGACGGCAGCACAGACCCACUCAGAAAGCCUGCUGCAAACGGGGCCAGGGUGCAGCCCAGACGCCCCCCAGGCUGGGGCCACCAUCAGCACCACUGCUGCCGCCCAAGGAGGGGCACCAGGAGGGACACCAGGAGGGACUGGUGGAGCUGCCCGUCUCGUUCCGGGAGCUGCUCACCUUCUUCUGCACCAACGCCACCAUCCACGGUACCAUCCGCCUGGUCUGCUCCAGCAGGAACCGCCUCAAGACGACGUCCUGGGGGCUGCUGUUCCUGGGAGCCCUGGUCGCACUCUGCUGGCAGCUGGGGCACCUCUUGGAGCAUCACUGGCACCGCCCGGUCCUCAUGGCCGUCUCUGUACACUCAGAGCGCAAGCUGCUCCCGCUGGUCACCCUGUGUGACGGGAACCCACGCCGGCCGAGUCUGGUCCUCCGCCAUCUGGAGCUGCUGGACGAGUUUGCCAGGGAGAACAUUGACUCCCUGUACAAGGUCAACUUCAGCAAAGGCAGAGACGCCCUCUCCACUGCCGUCCCCCGCCGCGAGCCCCGCUUCCACCUGGACCGGGAGAUCCGUCUACAGAGGCUGAGCCACUCGGGCAGCCGGGGCAGAGUGGGGUUCAGACUGUGCAACAGCACGGGCGGCGACUGCUUCUACCGCAGCUACGCGUCCGGUGUGGUGGCCGUGCAGGACUGGUACCGCUUCCACUAUGUGGACAUCCUAGCCCUGUUGCCCGCGGCGUGGGAGGACAGCCACGGGCGCCAGGACGGCCACUUCGUCCUCUCCUGCAGUUACGACGGCAUGGACUGCCAGGCCCGCUGAUUCUGGACCUUCCAUCACCCCACCUAUGGCAGCUGCUAUACGGUUGACGGCGUCUGGACAGCUCAGCGCCCUGGCAUCACCCAUGGAGUCGGCCUCGUCCUCAGGGUUGAGCAGCAGCCUCACCUCCCUCUGCUGUCCACGAGGGCCGGCGUCAAGGUCAUGGUUCACGGCCGUAACCACACGCCCUUCCUGGGGUACCACAGCUUCAGCGUCCGGCCAGGGACGGAGGCCACCAUCAGCAUCCGAGAGGAUGAGGUGCACCGGCUCGGGAGGCCCUACAGCCACUGCAUGUCAGGCGGGGAGGGCGUGGAGGUGGAGCUGCUAUACAACACCUCCUACACCAGGCAGGCCUGCCUGGUGUCCUGCUUCCAGCAGCUGAUGGUGGAGACCUGCUCCUGUGGCUACUACCUCUACCCGUUGCCGACGGGGGCUGAGCACUGCAGCUCUGCCCGGCACCCUGCCUGGGGACACUGCUUCUACCGCCUCUACCAGGACCUGGAGACCCACCGGCUCCCCUGCACCUCCCGCUGCCCCAGGCCCUGCAGGGAAUCUGCAUUCAAGCUCUCCUCUGGGACCUCCCGGUGGCCUUCCGCCAAGUCGGCUGACUGGACUCUGGCUGCGCUUGGUGAACAGGGGCUGCCACGUCAGAGCCACAGACAGAGGAGCAACCUGGCCAAAAUCAACAUUGUCUACCAGGAGCUCAACUACCGCUCGGUGGAGGAGGCGCCCGUGUACUCGGUGCCGCAGCUGCUCUCAGCCAUGGGCAGCCUCUGCAGCCUGUGGUUUGGGGCCUCCGUCCUCUCCCUCCUGGAGCUCCUGGAGCUGCUGCUUGACGCUUUGGCCCUCACCCUGUUGCUGGGCGGACGCCGGCUCCGCAGGGUGUGGUUCUCCUGGCCCAGAGCCAGCCCUGCCUCAGGGGCAUCCAGCAUCAAGCCAGAGGCCAGUCACAUGCCCACGCCUGCAGGUGCGGCGUCAGACAACCUGGGGCCCAGCAGGCCUCAUCUCCCACAGAUGAUGCUUCCAGGGGCUCUGGAGAGAGUCUCAGCUGAAGAGAGUUGGGCUGGGCCCCAGCCCUGUGAGACUCUGGACACCUGAACCAGACCUGCCAGGGCUGUGUGAUCUCUCGGCCUGGUCCUUGGAGCUGUGGCAGCAGCAAGCUCCCCAGCGGCCCAGGGUGGGCCCGACCAGCGGCUGCAGGGCCUUCCCAGGUCAUCCAGUGGCCGAGGAAGCAGCACACGGGGCCGUGGGGAGGCAGGGUGCUGGGCACGUCAGCGCCUCUGGUCAACCACCCACCCUGCCUGGGGCGGGUCUGAAGGAGGCCCAGGGCGGAGGGGGCUUCCUGAGUGCACACGAGUGCAGCUGGAGGUGCUGACACGCAGUGAUGUGCCCAUGCUCCAUGUCUGUCUCUGCACAUCCACACGUCUGAUGCACCUACGUGUGUGUGUCAAUCGUUGCUGCCUCAGCUGGGGGGAGGCAGAAGGCAAGGCGGGGCCCCCACGCCCACACAGGCUGCUCUGAAAUAAAGCUGUGGACUCCA